GAGAUUUGAAUGAAAGGUACGAGCUUAGGCUACAGGACUUGUAACGAUUCAUAUCAGUGGUAGUUAUAGACAUGUUGCAAAUGUAUGUAUCGGUGUAGGCCUAGUUUAGGGGUCGGAUAUGCCUCCGAUCUGUAGGUGUUAUUGGUGUACUAAAGUGUAUCCUUGAAAAGUCGCAAACUGGCGCAGCGCCCACAAAUCACUUCGUCAUACGUGGAACACAUGAUGAGUUACUGUAUGCAGUGAAUGGAGAUGUUUACAUAGAUGUGCAUCUAAGAAACUUCGUAAUUAUGCUUUGUUAUCGGAUGCCGACGGACUCGAGUCCCACACUGAAUUGAGGAGGGGAUUUUGAUAAUUGUUCUGGUACACAGUGGCAGUACCAGCUUUUCUCUAAACCUAAACAAGCAAUACAACUGGAAUCAUGGGGGCCACUGGAUAUGGCUACUACAGAGUCACCAUCUUUAUCUGCAUGUUUAUUGGAUACUCGCUAUACUUCUUCAACAGGAAGACCUUUUCCUUUGUCAUGCCUUCUGUGAUGGAGGAAAUCGAACUUGACAAGGAUGACCUGGGCCUGAUCACUAGCAGCCAGACAAUGGCCUACGCCAUCAGUAAGUUCAUCAGUGGCGUCCUGUCGGACCGGAUCAGCGCCCGCUGGCUCUUCUCCAUUGGCCUCUUUGUGGUGGGGGGCAUCAAUGUGGUGUUCUCCUGGUCCUCCACAGUGGCCAUGUUCUCCCUGCUGUGGUUCAUCAAUGGCCUGGGACAGGGCUGUGGCUGGCCCCCCUGUGGGAAAGUCCUCCGCAAGUGGUUUGAGCCGUCCCAGUUCGGUACGUAUUGGGCGGUGCUGUCCUGCAGCAUGAACCUGGCCGGCAGCCUGGGCCCGCUCAUGGCCACCGUGCUGCUGCAGUACUACGACUGGAGGACCAUACUGUCCGCCUCCGGCAUCGUCUGCGCCGCCUUCUCGCUCGUGUGCAUCGUGUUCGUCAAGAAUGAGCCCACAGAUGUGGGCCUGCCCGCCGUCGAGGCAGCGAAGAAAAAGGGAGCGAAGGGAGGAAACAACGAAAGCACACUGCGGGAGUUCCUGACGUCCCCGUUCCUGUGGGUGCUGUCCCUGGGCUACAUGGUGGUGUUUGGGGUGAAGACGGCUGCCACAGACUGGGGACAGCUGUUCCUCAUACAGGAGAAGGGCCAAUCAGUGCUCAUGGGCAGUUCCUACAUGAGUGCCCUUGAGGUCGGGGGCUUCGUUGGCAGCCUGGCUUCGGGGCUCCUCUCUGACCGAGCCGUGGCACGGCAAGGUCUGGGCACCCACGGAAACCCUCGCCAUGGCCUGCUCCUCUGCAUGAUGUCUGGCAUGUUCGUGUCCAUGUACCUCUUUAGAGUCACCAUCACAGCCGAGGUCCCUGAGGAGGCCCCUCUUUGGCUCCAAGCCCUUCACCCUAUCUCAGUUUUGAUUGGCCUGUCGGAGAAGGAGAUAUGGAUCCUGUUCCUGGGUGCUUUGUUCGGAUUCUCUUCUUAUGGACCAAUAGCUCUCUUCGGUGUAAUAGCCAGUGAGAGUGCUCCGUCAAACUUCUGUGGAACGUCCCAUGCUGUGGUAGCUCUAAUGGCUAACGUUGGUGCUUUUGUGGCCGGACUCCCGUUCAGUACCAUAGCCAAAAAUCACAGCUGGGACAUGGCCUUCUGGGUAGCUGAGGUGGCGAUGGCCGCAGCCACUGUCUGUUUCUUCCUUAUGCGCAACAUGCGUACCAAAAUGGGACGGAUUGCAGAGAAAAUGGACUGAUAUUUUUCCUGGGUACAAUGUUUUCGAGUCCCCACUCUGAAAGCAGAAGCUUGGACUGCUGACUGCAAAACUAAUCAGAAAGAACCAACCACUGUAUCUUUGGACGACUCAUCCCAAGAAACCAUUUCAGAUCUUAUCUUUGUAUUAACAGACCUUGUAUUCAUUAUGUUGACAAACUAUUCAGUUCUAGAUGUUAAAUAACAGUUGCAAUAGCCACGUGAAACAACUUACAAUAUAUAACCAAUAUAGUAACUGCAGGUUCCACUGUUGUACCAGUUGCUGGUUGUUUGAUCACUUUAUUCUAAAAAAAAAGAUGUAAACACCAAACAGAAGCUUAUUUGGUGGACUUAAUUCACUGAAUGUAUGCCAUUCAUUGCUUAGUACGCUUUCAGUGAUACAUUUUCUUGAAGUUACAGAAUGUUUACUGAAGACUUAACUUUUUUUAUAACAUCUACAUAUAUGGGUUGAUGGAUGUUUGAGUAUAAGACACUCAAUACAUACACAUCUCAUUCAUUCUUUAAAAAAAAAAUCUGAAAAUAAGUUAUUUUUGUACAGCACCGUAUUGUAUUAAAAACAGAAAAGUCAACAGAA